UAUUUUUUUGGAACUGUCAGUUAAAUUUUCUGUGUCAGAACAUCCAAGAAGUGUUUUCUUUUGAAAUUUUGGCGGCAAGAAGUGACAGAAGACACCACUUCCGGAAGGAUCUAUUUGCCCUCUUUAAUACGCAAAGAAAAUUCUCUAUUGCAUUCUAAUUGAGAAGAAUUUAGUUUAAACUAAGAGUGAAAAUUCUCAACAGUUUCAUAAUACACCGUGGUACGUCGGCGUAGUAAGACGGUCCAUACUUCAGAAAGAUUUGCCAUCCGACAGUCUUUCCGUUUUAGCAAAACGAAUAGUGAAUCAUGUCUGUACACGAUAGAAGAAAUGAUGAUUGGGAGAAAAAUGGACCUGCUCCUGAGAAGGACCAAGCUUUCAAAGCUGGCACUGGAGGAGGACCCCCUGGCAUGGACCCCGAAGGUGAUAUUGAAACCAACUGGAAUGAAGUUGUUGACAAUUUUGAUGAUAUGAACCUAAAAGAAGAGCUUCUUAGAGGAAUAUAUGCUUAUGGUUUUGAGAAACCCUCAGCUAUACAGCAAAGAGCAAUUGUACCAUGCAUCAAAGGAUUCGAUGUUAUUGCACAGGCACAAUCUGGUACUGGAAAGACUGCUACCUUCUCCAUCUCCAUUUUACAGCAAAUAGAUACAAGCAGUAGAAAUUGCCAAGCUUUAAUUUUGGCACCAACUCGGGAGCUUGCUCAACAAAUCCAAAAAGUUGUUAUAGCUUUAGGAGAUUUCAUGCAUGCUGAAUGCCAUGCUUGCAUUGGUGGAACUAAUGUCCGCGAAGAUAUGAAAAAACUUGAGAGCGGAUCUCAUGUUGUAGUAGGCACUCCUGGUAGAGUGUUUGACAUGAUUACUCGUAGAGCUUUAAUCACAAGCCACAUUAAAAUGUUUGUCCUAGACGAAGCUGAUGAAAUGUUGUCCAGAGGAUUCAAAGAUCAAAUUCAUGAUGUAUUUAAAAUGAUGCCAUCGGAUGUUCAGGUUAUUCUGCUUUCGGCUACUAUGCCUAAAGAUGUAUUGGAUGUUACAAAAUUAUUCAUGAGAAAUCCAGUCAGUAUAUUGGUCAAAAAAGAAGAACUCACACUUGAAGGUAUUAGACAAUUUUUCAUCAAUGUAGAACGAGAAGACUGGAAACUUGAGACUCUAUGUGAUUUGUAUGACACACUCUCUAUCACACAAGCAGUUAUUUUCUGUAAUACACGUCGUAAGGUAGACUAUCUAACAGAAAAUAUGCACAAGAGAGAUUUCACAGUUUCUGCUAUGCACGGUGACAUGGAACAGAGGGAACGUGAUGUCAUUAUGAGGCAGUUCAGAAGUGGAUCUUCUCGAGUCUUGAUCACUACCGAUCUUUUAGCUCGUGGUAUUGACGUACAGCAGGUUUCCCUGGUUAUAAAUUAUGACUUACCUUCAAAUAGAGAAAACUACAUUCACAGAAUUGGUCGCGGUGGACGAUUUGGUCGUAAAGGUGUGGCUAUUAAUUUCAUAACUGAGGAGGACAAACGUACACUGAACGAUAUUGAACAACAUUAUAACACAAAAAUCGAUGAGAUGCCAAUGAAUGUGGCUGACCUUAUUUAAUUUGAGACGUGUAUUGCUAUGUGUCCGACGUUGCCUAGAGUUUCCUAUGGUGUGAGUAUUAGCUGCCUGAUCGUGUCCUGACUGCGACCUUAUGCGAAUAUUGUGCGCCAUUCUGUCUCUUUAGGCUAGCGCCGUGUGCUGCGCUACACAGCCAUCAAAUAAACUUUUCAGUGUCGAUAUAUAUUUUAUAUAACAUUUGAGUUAAUCUAAUCGGUAGAUUGUCACUUAGUUUUAGUUUUCAUUAUUAGUGUAUAUUUAUAAUUGAAUACUGUCAGUGUAUGGGGGCUGAAGAAACGCCAGCAAGUCUGGUCGUUUAUUUCAGUCCCCCUUUAGUAAUAUUUUCCUCGCGACAGAAUUGCUGUCUCUGUAGGGUUGUCGUUGGAUUCUGGAAAGGUUAUUAUAUUUUCAAACGUUGUAGACGGGCGUUGCAUUCUACUUCUAAAAACCGCCUUUUAUCAUGAUGUUUUUGUAUUAUUAUGAAAUGGAUAUUAAUAAAACUAUGAUGAUAACCUCAGCUUUUUCUUUGAUUUAAUACACUGACACCUCUCCAAGAACCAAAACCAACCACCCUUUGUCUGAUAAGUUUCAACAGAAACUUUGUGAUCAAGAUGUAUGAAUAUUACAUCUGACAGAAGUUUCUGUUGAAUUUUCAGAGUUCGGAGACAGCUUUUCAGAAAUUUCUUACACCAAUUCAUUCUGGUAUUUUUUUACAGACAACAAACGUCAGCUGGCAAUCAAACAAUGUGGAAAUAAAGAUCUAAGUUCCAUUUUAAUAAGA